AUGUCAUCUGCUCAGUCUCUCCAGCGCAGAGGGCUCAGCAAGCACUUCCUCAACAUGUUAGCCUAUCAGAUAUGUUGCUGCUGCGGCCCCGCCCCCUGCUCCCUGUGCUGCGCCUUCUGUCCACCAAUCAAGUCGUCUUCCAGCACGCGAAUCAUGUACAUCCUGUUCCAUAUCCUGGCCUGCACUGUCUCCUGCCUCAUGCUGUCCAGGACCGUGUCUGAGGCAGUGAGAGAGAACGUGCCUUUUUUCGCCCUGGUGUGCGACCAGGAACGUGGAGGCGGAGACUGCGAGAUGCUGGUGGGGUAUUCGGCGGUGUACAGGGUGUGUUUCGGCACCGCCUGCUUCCACCUGAUGAUGGCGCUCUUCCUCAUCGAUGUGAAGUCCAGCCAGGACUUUCGCGCGCUCAUCCACAAUGGUUUUUGGUUUCUGAAGUUCAUUACCCUGUUGGGGAUGUGUGCUGCUGCCUUCUUUAUCCCAACAGAAUCCUUCUUACACGCCUGGCACUAUGUGGGCGUGGCAGGGGGAUUCGCCUUCAUCCUCAUCCAGCUCGUCCUCAUCACCGCGUUUGCUCACACCUGGAAUAAGAACUGGAUGACAGGGGCUGCUGAGGACAAGCGCUGGUACCUGGCCAUCCUCUGUGCCACCCUGGCUUUCUAUGCUGUCGCCACGGGGGCCUUCCUCUUCAUGUACAAGCUAUACACGCACCCAGCGGCCUGCCAGCUGAACAAGGCCCUGCUGUGGACCAACCUGGGGUUGUGCGGCCUCAUGUCCUUCAUCGCUGUCACGCCCUGUGUGCAGGAACGGCAGCCUCGUUCUGGACUCCUGCAGGCGUCCAUCAUCAGCUGCUACGUCAUGUACCUCACCUUCUCUGCCCUCUCCAGCCGCCCCCCUGAAAAAGUGGAGUACCAGGGGCUGAACAUGACUGUAUGCUACCCCAGUGUGAGCCGUGACGGGCUUCAGAAGGAGGGCAAUGCAGUGGCGGUUAUCGGAGCGGCCAUAAUGUACUGUUGUGUGCUCUUUGCAUGCAAUGAAGCUUCCUAUCUGGCAGAAAUGUUUGGGCCUUUCUGGAUGAUAAAAGUUUAUCGCUACGAGUUCCAGAAAGCCAGCUGCUGUUUCUGCUGUCCAGAAGAAGAGGAAGAAGAGGAGUUCCAGGUGGAUAAUGAGAAUAAAGGAUGUCAGAGGGUGAUCCACAAUGAGAACCACCGCGUCGCUUACAGCUAUUUCUUUUUCCAUUUCGUCUUCUUCCUGGCCUCCCUCUAUGUCAUGAUGACCCUCACCAAUUGGUUCAGCUACGAGUCAGCGGUCCUGGAGACCACGUUCACGCACGGCUGCUGGUCCACCUUCUGGGUGAAGAUGUCGUCAUGCUGGGCCUGCGUGGUGCUCUACCUGUGGCUGCUCCUUGGCCCGCUCUGCCGCUCCGAGCGCAAGUCGCGGCCCCGGAGGUCACGCAUCAGGAGGCGGUCCCAGCGCCACAUCAGCGUCAGCGUGUGAGCAUGGACAGGCUUGUGAGGGACCCAAU